AAAGGCAGUCUGUUCUUUGACCCUGUUACUAAAGCAGAUUGUCAAUGUCCUGUCACACCCUCAUGAUAAAGACUUUAAUACACUGACAGAGAUACAGAGAGUGAAUCAUAUAUUCAGAAAACACAAGUCUGUGAAGAUGAACACUAAAGAUCUAAAGGUUGACCCUGAAAAGCUGUUCACCAAGUUGGAGCGGAUUGGAAAGGGCUCAUUUGGAGAGGUCUUUAAAGGCAUCGAUAAUCGCACACAACAGGUGGUCGCCAUAAAGAUCAUUGAUCUGGAGGAGGCUGAGGACGAAGUAGAGGACAUCCAGAAGGAGAUCACUGUCCUCAGCCAGUGCGACAGCUUAUAUAUCACUAAAUACUACGGCUCUUAUCUGAAGGACACAAAGUUAUGGAUCAUCAUGGAAUAUUUAGGAGGUGGUUCAGCUCUAGAUUUGUUGGAACCUGGUGCCCUGGAUGAAAGUCAUAUCGCUACUAUUCUCAGAGAAAUCCUGAAGGGCCUGGAUUACCUGCAUUCAGAGAAAAAAAUUCACAGAGAUAUUAAAGCUGCUAAUGUCUUGUUGUCAGAGCAGGGCUAUGUGAAGCUAGCAGAUUUCGGUGUGGCCGGACAGCUCACAGACACACAGAUCAAGAGGAACACAUUUGUGGGCACUCCAUUCUGGAUGGCACCAGAAGUCAUUAAACAGUCAGAGUACGACUCAAAGGCUGAUAUUUGGUCUUUGGGCAUAACUGCAAUUGAGCUGGCAAAAGGAGAACCACCACACUCAGACCUACAUCCCAUGAAAGUGUUGUUUCUCAUCCCCAAAGACAACUCACCCACACUUGAAGGAAACUAUAGCAAAGCUCUCAAGGAAUUUGUAGAUGCCUGUCUCAAUAAAGACCCCAACUUUAGACCAACAGCUAAAGAGCUUUUGAAACACAAACUCAUUACUCGAUAUGCCAGGAAGACAACAUACCUCACAGAUCUCAUAGACAAGUACAAGAGAUGGAAAACAAAACAGGCCCGAGAUGAGUCCGGCUCAGAUUCAGACUUAGAAGACGAUGUGGAAGCGCCUGUGAAACCUGAAGAUGAUGACUGGACCUGGGACACUAUCAAGAAGCCUCAGAAUAAGCCUGAAAAACCUGCAGACAAUCGAAAGAGACCCCAGUCCUCUAUUAUAACUCAAGUGUUUGAAGAGCUGAAGCAGAAGGGUGGUGUUAAUAAGCCGCUGGUGUUGGAUGAACUAAAGAACACCAUCGAGAACGUUGAAGAGUCGUGUCCAGGCAUUACUGAUUCAAUGGUGAUGGAGGUGGUACAGAGAUUAAAGAGAUUUCCAUCUCGACACUGACUAAUGUGUUGAAGAGGCGCACACACACACACACACACACACACACACACACACACACACACACACACACACACACACACACACACACACACACACACACAAAUUAGCUGAAUAUUGAUGAGAAUCAGAUUAAGAUACUGUUUUACAUUAUCAGGUAAUUUGCUUUAUGUGUGUGGAUUUGUGAAAUCUGUGAACACAGUUGUAACACCCUAUGAAAUGGCUUUACGUUAACAGUUUUCUUUCUGUUUUGACAUAUUUCUUAUUAAAAUACAAAUUUAAGGCAUUUCAGAGAAAAUUUUAUUUUUCUAAGCAGACAAAUGUUUUUGUGAUAUAAAUGUAAUUUAUGAUUUGCUAAUGACUAUUCCUAGUUUGUGACGGGUGUAUUAAAGGGAGGGACAUACAGCUGUAAUAAAAAGAUCAAUCAUCUUUAGAAAAUUGUACAUGGCCUGAGAUGAGUGUAUUACAAGUUAUUUUAAGUGUACUUUAGCAUAUGAAUGGUAUGAGAAUCUCAUAAAAUAUAACUGUUUCACUGUGUACAUUACCUACAUGAAUGAAAAAGGGUUUUUUUGGUUGAACAAAUGCUUUAUUAUGAAAAACUUGAAACCAUUUUUUUUUAAAGUAUCUUUCAAAAAUCCCAAUUAAAAUGUUUUAUUUUUGUCCAAAUUCUGUGCUAUUUUUCUAGAUUCUGUUUGGUUUAUUCACAUUGU